AUGGCUUUGAAAUCAGCUGUUUUAUAUGAAAAGAUGGAUCCAUUCAUUAAAAGUUAGAGAACAGAAUUAGUUAAAAAAAUCAAUGCUGUUUAUUAUUUUGAAGUUUCUAAGGCCAAAGGAGAACCUCCAGAAGUUUAAUCUUAAAAAUGGAACAGGAGUAUAUAAUAUGAUUUAUAGUGAUAGUCAAUUUCAAAAGGAAAGGUUGGAACAGCUGAUGCCACAUUUACAAUGAUAGAUGAUGAUAAGAUUGUUAUGGCUUAAGGAAAGUUGAAUCCAUAAUAGGCUUUUAUGUAAGGUAAGAUGAAUAUCAAGGGAAAUAUGGCUGCUGCAACAAAAUUCACUCCAGAUUUAUUACCAAAGGAUGCAAAAUUUUGA